CUUGACAGAUUUCCGUGUUUGAUGUCACGCUUUACACUUUCAUGUGAAGCAGUUGGGAAUUUGCUGGAUAUCAAUUUUGAUUUUACCCUGUCUAUAGACGUUCUUACAAAAUCUGAUCCCUAACAUUGUUAGCAUUCUCUGGUGAGUUGAACCAGCUGAUGCCAGCUUUUAUUUCUAUUUAUUUUUUUCAUUUAGUCUCUUAAACUCUGACUCUGAAAGAUCUGAGAACUGGAAUUGCUUCUCAAUAAUGGAUGCCACCUCAGCAAAAAGAACUCCUCAUCCUUUCUGGCCCCGGGACCUGGCGAUUCCCUCCUAUGUGGCUAAUGAUCGGUCCAUGUCAGAGAUUCUGGUGUUCCUCUUCUCUGUCUCUGGGGGUUUUCUACUUGUAACCUGGCUGAUCACUGGGAUCGCUGGCAGGCUGGGAACAUGGAGGCGUCUGGCCAUCUGCUGGUUUGCCGUUUGUGGAUUCAUCCACGGCGUUAUCGAGGGAUGGUUUUGUCUUUAUUAUGACAUUUUACCAGGGGAUCAGAGCUUCCUAUCACAACUGUGGAAGGAGUACUCCAAAGGAGACAGCAGAUAUGUUAUAGCUGAUAACUUCACAGUUUGUAUGGAGACCGUGACCGCUGUCUUAUGGGGUCCGUUCAGUUUUUGGACCGUUUAUUCCUUUUUAACUACCAAGUCCUACAGAUUUGUACUGCAGCUGAUCAUUUCGCUCGGUCAGAUAUACGGAGCAGUGCUGUACUUCUUCACAGAGCACAGAGAUGGUUAUGUUCACAGCGAGUUCGGACAUCCAGUCUACUUCUGGUUCUACUUUAUCUUCAUGAAUUUUCUGUGGAUUGUCAUUCCUCUGGUGCUUAUUGUGGAUGCAUGGAGACAGCUAUCAGCAGCCCAGUCACUUUCAGACAGCUCAAAGACACAGAAGGUUAAAAGGAAGUAAUCUUUAAAGGGUCGUCAAAAUGGGACAUGCAGAAAAUACAUUUUAAAAUUUUAACAAAUGCAAACUGUCUGUAGUCCUUUGGUGCAUCUUGCAAUAUUGAUCUCAUUGUCCAAAAAGUGCCAGCAAACUAAGAGUUUCGUUCUUGCGUUUUUCGUACUAUGAUCAUUCAAAUAAAUGUUUUAUGCCAUUUGUUCCUAGAUUUUAGUUUGUGAAUGAACUGGAUGACAUCUUAAGCUUCACAUCAGUGAUGUUUUCAAAUUUCUUAGUUGAUUAAAAAAAUCAAGCUUCUAGAAAAAUAAAUACAUGUAAUACCAAACGUAUGACACUGUACUGUGAAACAUGGACUAAACAUGCUGUCUCUUUACAAACCUUACUGUUUCAGUGUUCUUAAGUCAUCUUGACUGAUGUUUCUAUGAUCUAAUGAAGUUCAAUAUUUUGCAUAUCAACUUCCGGGACAAAAGUCUUACUGAUGUUUACCCAUUUUUGCCCAGUGCUUGAAAUUUGCAGCAUUGUUUAUUUUCCUGCAGAAUUACAGUGGUGUGCUUGAAGUUUUUUUUUUUUUUAGGAGAGAAAGGAUUUCUUCUUGACAACAAGCCAGCAUCCCAAGUACUGUCUCUGACAGUGCUGUUUACAUUGUGCCCUGUAGGCACCCAAUCCCUUAUCUGAAUUCCUGGACACUUCCUGGAAUUUCUUUGGUACGCCUUGGUGAAAUAUUUGUCUUUUAAAUAGAAAGUUGUGGUAGGAUGCAAAUGCUGUUUGUGGUGAGGUGUGAAAUCUGUUUAAGAGCUUAUCUGGUGGAGUCAGUGUGUGAGACAACAUUUUGAUAUGGCACCACAAGAACAUUCGCUGAACUGAGCAUAGCAUCACAAACACAGACAGCUUAAAUGAUUUGUCAUCUUACAUUUCUUAGAUUAAUGGGAAGCGCCUUAUAAAUGAGUAAUUAUCUUAAUCGACAAUAUUAAUACGUCCAUCACUAUCUGACUAGUAAUAACUGUGUGGUUAUAUUUAGUCUUUUAUUACAAUAUGUUAAUCAGCUGAUAUUGAAGCUUAUGUUGAUUAAGUGAGUAUGAUCUGCUAUGAUAUAUGAUGGCACAGCUCUGCUGCUUGUGGAAUAUUCUGUGCGCACGAACAUCCCCGUCCGUACCAGGCUCGGUCUGUACCUGCAGCUGCAAAAUCUGGGAAUAACAACUCCUUAUUAGGAAGUAGGACUGAUGAAUUGAAACCAAGAUCAACCAAAAAGUGGGUUGUAAGAGAGAGGGUGAAGACAUGGUAAAGGCCAACAGCCCAGGAUUCAAACCUGUGACAGCCAUGUAGAGGACUGAGACCUCUGUAGAUGGGUUAC